GGCAGCGGCAACUUCGCAGUCAAACGGUCACCGGCUACCAACACGCAUCGCGGCGUCUCUUUCUCUCGCGCUUCUGAUCCAACUCAAAAGCUGUGAAGCACAAAAAGAAAACAAGCAUACUUAUGUAGUAAAAAAAAAACGAUAUUUAAAAUACGAAAAGAUUAUCGAAACGCGUUUUAAAUCGUUAUCGAACUAUGAACUGAAGUGCAACAAGUGCUACCGAAUUGCAAAAUUAAUUGUAAACAAAAGAAGUAACGUUCGAUCUCCAGAAAGACAAAUCAAUACUGAUCCUGAUUCAGAUUAUUAUUAAAUCAAAAUGAGCAACACGAUGACAGCAGCACAUGAGCCGACCAUGCAUUAUUUGGACAGCAUUUUGAACGAGGAGGAGAAACGUUGCGGCGAUCAAUAUUCGCAUCAAUGGCGCAAUUUCACAAUUUCUCGUUCAGGUCGCUUCAGGUCGAAGAACAAGAAACGGGAUGUGGUUGAUGGCAAACUUUUCGAUGGCAGUAAUGCCAAGGAAAACAAUGAUAAGAUCUCUGCGCGAAACACAGCGAAAUCAUCCUCCUAUUCAGCAACUCCAACAAUUGGAACCAGCAACAACAACACAUCGAUAGCUCCAACAGCAACAGGAACGACGACGACGUCAGUGCGAAGUCAACGUGACAAAACGGAGAGCUAUAAAAGCUUUUACGAAACAAAUUUAUAGAUAGUGUUUGGGGGCUCUAUACAUCAUAUGUGUGUAUACUAUAGCAUACUAUAUAUAUAUAUAUAUAUAUAUAUAUAUAAAGUUAUAUAUAACAUUUGUAUUACGCUUUAUUAAAUCAACCUAAGAGUUUAUUGCACAACGUUGUGUGGACUAUAUAAAUGUGCAAAAAAAAUUGGCAACACAAAAAAGAGAGCAAAACAGAAAAA